CUAAAGCAUGUAUUCUGUUUUACCAUUUACUAAGCUUUUGUAUGAUAUCAGCAGAUGGAGAAGCAGUCAUGGCCAUUUCUGCUCAUCCCUCCAACCCGUGAAGGGUACAUUAGAACUGCAGAGGGUAGGAGGGGCCAGGCGGGGAAGUCUAGGAAGUAAUGGGAAACAGCCUCUACUGCGCAUGCUUUAAAGCAAAAGCUUUUCCUGCUCUUUGAAUUCAAUGUAGAAAAUCAAGGGCUGCGUCCGAAUCAGUCUCUGGUCCGAAUAGUCUCUCUUGCUUAGGAAGGUUCGUAACUGAGUGAAAUGACCCGGAAGUGUCUAAGUGGCAGCCAUGAUAAGAGCUGUUCGAAUUCUCUAAAUGCUAAGAAAAGGUGCUUCAUUGCUUUCUUUCUUAUCCCCUUUAGCAUAGGGGACACUGGAUCAUACUUUACGAAAAGAAAGGAGAUAGUGCCGUCCCACAAUUCCUUGCAGCAACAACAUUUAAAGCGACGCACCAUUCGGCCGUUCACGAAAACAAACGAUCAACAUGACUGAGUUGUGUGGUGGUUCUUAAGCUCUUAUAUGCAUAGGCUUAUAAUCAGAUCAUAAUCAGCAUAUUAAUCAUAACAUAGUAAUCUGUCUUUCAAGAAAAAGGGAUAUGGGACGUUUUUAGCCAGAUUGUUUUUAAUUCAACAUGUUUGGAACUUAAGAAUGAUGAUAUGUACAGUAGUAGAUUUGCAUAAAUUCAACUAUUAUUUUCAUACAAUCAUACUAAUUGGGAUUCAUGUCGAUAAAUAUGAGUGGACAGUAGGGUGAGCGUGAGUAACCAUUCUCAAUGUGACAACCAUUUCGUUUCACUUUUGUGACUGGUAGCCUAUUACUUUUUUUUAAUUGUAACCUUGGUAAUGAAGUAGUAUUUUUCACCGGGUUGUCCACGUUUAUAUAGCCUGCAUGAAACAACACGAUACGAACGCACGGGGCGACGUAUCUAAGAUGCACUUUUAGUAGUCCAUCUUCGGAACAUUGUAGUUUCACCACGGCAGACCAAAUAAACCCUAAUACCCCAGUGCAGUGAUAGGGACACUGUGUAGGAGAUGCCUUCUUUCUAGUGAGACGAUAAACUGAGGUCCUUACUCAAUAUGGUCAUUAUAAGUCCCAUGACAGUCAUCACAAAGAGUAGGGCGUUCCAUGGUGUCCUGACUAAAUUUCUGACAUGGCUCUUUCAACCUGCCACAUAAUCAUCCCCCAGUUGAGUCAGAUAAAUAUAGUUCUCUCCCUGUCCCUCACCGUUGAGGUGUGGACAGCGUUCUGGCACAAACUGGCUUCUGUGCAUCACCCACACAUUGGUGGUGAUUGUGGCGAGUUUCUCCCUCCUCACUUAUCACUGUAUAACACUGAAUGUGACAUAAGUGCUAUAUGACUGCAAGGUAUUAUUAUUAUUAUUAUUAGUAGUAGUAGUAGUAGUAUUUAGAAAAUGCUAACUGCUGGGAUACGUUUGCUCAACAGCACUGAUAUUUCAAUGAUGUGAUGACAUACCACUUCAGUCCUGUCGGUAGCAUGCUGUGUUUUUGUGUUUACAAAAGAGGUUACAUUUAGAAGUGAUUAUGAUUAAUAAAUUUUCCCACUUUUUACUGACUUUGUUCAGACCGUGUGCCAAUAGCUACAAAAAUGUUGUGAGUGUGGAUCAGAUUUUUUAAGUUUUAUUGAGUACAUACUGCAGGAAACGAAACGCGAGUGGUUGCGUUUAACUGCGGAGUGCAGUGCUUUCGGGUUAACCGAAUGAAAAUACAGCAAUGAUUUUUAUGAAAGAAGUAUUCACUUUUAACAUAUAGGGUUUUGGACGAUGGUCUUCGUGUUUUAGCGUGUAAAAUAAUUUUAGAGGUUAUUAAUGGGCAAGAUAUGCGCGAGGAGAAAGCACAACUGUAAAUCUGGGAAACCCGAGAGAAGCUGUGUAAAACAGAUUGAGUCUAAAUGGUCCCCACCUGUCAUUUAAACGCAACCGCGAAUCUCAAUGACGCUUGAUCAUAAUUUGACAAGUUGUUGAAAGCAAGAAUUAAACAAGCUAGAUAUGCCGGACCGCAGUCGGUCCCCGUCCCCGGCCAAGUCACCGAAGAACUCGCCCAAGAAGUCACCCAAGAAGUCCCCGAAGAAAAAAAGGGCCGCUAAACCUAAGAAAGCCGGUCCCAACGCUAGAGACCUGAUUGUCAAGGCCGUAACCGCCUCCAAGGAGAGAAAAGGAGUGUCUCUGACUGCCUUGAAGAAAGCGCUAAAGGCAGCCGGAUACGAUGCGGAGAAAAACAAAUUCCAAGUGAAGCUGGCCGUCAAGGCUCUGGUCGCAAAUGGUACCCUGAUUCACACCAAGGGCACUGGCGCAUCUGGCUCCUUCAAGCUAUGUAAAACUCAGACCAAGAAGCCGAAGAAAAGGGCGGCCUCUAAAGCCAAGAAGUCAGCCGGUAAAAAGAAAACGGCUAAAGCAAAGAAGCCCAAGAAGGCAGUAAAGAAGCGUGCCAAGAAGACAGCGAAGAAACCGGCCGCCAAGAAGGCGACCAAGAAAGCUAAGAAACCGAAGGCGACCAAGAAGAGUCCCAAGAGAACAAAAUCGACCAGGCCUAGGGCCGCCAAACCUAAGACCGUCAGGGCUAAGAAAGCGGCUGCCAAGAAGUGAACAUCCAAACGUUCCGUACUGAUCAAAGGCUCUUUUAAGAGCCACCCACAGACACUUGAAAAUGCGCAAAUCUUUCCUAUGUUUUUUUUUAUUUUUUAUGUGGCUUCCACUUUAGCUGUAGAGUUGUUUUCAGGCCAAAGCAUGAGCUGCCAAUUUUCCGUUGUCGUGCCCAGCUUCAGAUGGUGGUGUAGCUCAUUACAAUACUUAAUUUCCACCCAAGGGUAGGCUGUCCAGUUAGUUUGUAUUGAGUUCAUAGUAACGCAGUAAGACGUAUAUUUAGUCAAAUUAAACUCACAUCCUGAACUUACAGAGCAAAUACAUCGAAAUAAAGUUAUGUAAAAACUUUCCCGAAAGCACAUUUUAAAUAAUUACAGAAUACGUUGACAAUGUGCCUUGUAUAAUAUUUGAUUUCUUUCAUUUUUGAUUCGUCCUGUCUCAUUCAUGCUUAUGCAUUUUUACCGCCACUGUUCCUUGACAAUAAAAUGACUGCAAAGAACAGACCUGCCAUUAUUUUGGAUGAUGAAUUCAUGCUCAAAUUAAAAAUCGAUUUGACUUUGAAUUUUAAAUGUAUGAAAAUAGUUAAACGAUCUUUUCUUACAUUUCUUUUUUUACCUGUAUUAUAACAGCUUCACGGCCAAAAAGAGGUCGUUGUACGUCUCUGUGCACAUAAAUAAAUCCUACCAUGCAACACCAUAGUGACACAAAAUGUGAAGAUCUCUUUAGAAUACAACCAUAGUUUUCCCUAAAAUGUGGCAAGCCGUUUUGGGAGGGUUUAUGCCAUUUUUGUGCUGCUUUAGAACAAGCUUUUUAUGACAUUUAACUAUAUUCAAGCUACACUAGCAUUACAACAACUGUAAAAUCUUUUGUGAAUAUUAUAUAAUUCAACUGCUUACAAGGACUAAGUCUGUUUUUAUAUUAUGUAAGAAAACAGUUAACUGCCGUUCGUUUAGUGCAGCAUAUGUUAUGCACUGAACUUCGCUGGACAUAUUUACCACACCGCAUGUUCUACAUCGCGUUGCCUUUUAAAAUAUUGCCUGUUUUAAUACUGACAAAAUUCAUAGAAAGAUGAUCUAUCUUUCUUCGGAGUAAAAUUCCGCCACGUCUUUAACGAUUCAUUGUGGUGUAACUAACUUCUAUUUUGUCAUUAUUUUGGCAUGAAAGAACAACAAACGAUGGACCAGAAUGCAUACCUAAGUGCCUGUGCUCUUUUCUGUCCAUGAAAGUAAACAGUCUAUGAAUAGAUAAUAACCUGACU